ACGCUAGUAGGUACUUACAUUCCUCGCGAAGCAUGGUCAACGUGGUCAGUCCGUGGCACGGUUUAAAGCAGUUUGAUUAAAAAGGCGCUUUGGAGGUUUUCCCGAGGUUACAUGGUUGAGUUUGCUCUGAAAAGUGUGAUAUGCAAAAUUCCAAUAAAGUAAUCAAGGAUCCUUCGAUAACUCUUUUCAACGGUGGCAUCACUCCGGGUGAUGGAAACAGACGAAAGUUAGUGCGUAAAACAAGUGCUGAAAUUGUUAGUGAAGCGAAGAGCAUGUUGGCGGGAGGAGGAACCCGUCUUGUUUCGGCUAGACGACCGAUAACACCAAGGGAACCAAGAAGGCAACUUUAUGGGCGCGUUGCUCCUCCAGGGCGUCCGCCGAGCGCGUUUAGCUUGAAGUAUCUUCAGUUCGAAUCACGUGCUCUACCAGCGCUCGAGCCCAUCCAAAGUGCUAUUCGUGGCAAUGGAUUCACCCGCUCUGAAUCGGCAGAUUCGAUUUCGUUGGUGGAGAACGAUUCUACCAAUAAUAACAAUAGUACCAACAAUGCUAACAAUAAAACUCCUCGAAAUAGCAAGCUACCAGCUCUCUUGAGCGUACCAAAUAGACAGGCUGGAUCUUUGGAUAAUCUUUCGGAAUGCAUGCCACCGCGAAAGGAUUUCAAAUCACCUUCGGCUCCCUUAACGGCACAAUUGUCAUUGAACGUGGAAUCAAAAUCGGUAAAAUUGGAGACGCGACCGCAGGCGACCAUCGUCCACGCUCCAGUUGAAGAUGAAACGGCUCACGUGAUAGUGGAUAAACCUUCACCGGUGGCUACACAGCCGCCAGUCGACAAGAGCAUCGUCAAGAAUCAUCCUUUGAAGCGCAGGCAAUUUCAAUCACUGGAAACGGAAAAUUCACCGGAACCGGAAAAAUCGACGUCGUCAGUACAACAACCUGUGGUAGACCGUCUGGAGAGCGCCAAAAUGGAUCAUCUGAAGCAGAAAGCCAAGCUGAGCAAAAGUAACGACUUGUUGGCCCAAUCCACAACGGAGUCUUUGCUGGAAAUGUUGAAAGCACAUGCUGGAAUCAAGGAGUGUAACGACGAAACCGUUAGUCACAUUAAUGGGAUUCUGGGUGAAUUGUACUCUCGUGUGAAGGGCGCCAAGGGAAGCUGGCGUGGCGCUGUUCUGGGAUCUCUGUACGGAUUGGUUGAGGCAAAUUCGCCAAAAAUUCUGCUCUCCGUUGCUCGAGUUGUGCUAGCGCUAAAUGUGACUGGCAGCAAUUUGACCGGAGCCUGCAAGCUGGUGUUCAAAAUUGCUCGCAACGAACUCAACGAUGCAUUGUUUGCCGACAGCGAUGUUCCCGAGCUCCUAGUUGAAGGACUCGGGCGCGCCUCACCAGCUGAUGAACCUGAGGCAUGCAUCUACGGUUACGGUGCGAUUCGAUUUUUGGCUGGAUCGGCAGCUUCCGUUGCCGCAGCUCAGCAAAAAACAAAAACUGAAAAUGUAAUACGGGAAAAUUCUUCCCGCCAGAAAUCGCUUGCAUUCCGUUUGGCUCGUCACGGUCUCGUGCAGUUGAUGAUAUUACAUCUGAAGAUGCUGAAUGAACUUGGCUCGGCCAAAAAACUCUCGGGACCACCAUUGCAUGCACUUUUUCAACUUUCGGGGGCACUCCGUACGCUUGCCGGAGUACCGUCGAUUAGUAACUGUUUGUCUACAACUCGGUCCCUACUGAACGGCACCAGUCCCCAAAUAAAGGAAACACAGGACGGAGAGAUAAUUCAGUUAGAAUUGGCUGGUCCGCUGCUGGUGAGGUCAGCUGAAAUGUGCAUCGAAGAACCGGAAGUGCAGUCCAAUGUUAUUCGCACACUGAGCGUCCUAUCGGAGAGACCGGAAUGCUGCGAGCAGUUGGCAGAUGCCGCUGCACGUCUGGGAAUUUUGCUGGGAUCGAUCAGCGAAACGAGUCUAACGGUAGAAAAAGGACUGGCAGCUGCCAAUCGACUGGGCUACAUUCUCGGCAACAUUAUGACCCGCUGGGACACCGCUCGAUUGCAAUUUUAUUCAAAUGACGUUUCGAUGGAGGCCAUCCUCAAUGCAUUGGAAUAUUAUUCUAACAAGCGGUUUACUAUCAAAAAUCAAAUGGGCGACUCUGUGGUGGACGUAUUGACGAAAUUGGUUCGUGUUAUCGCAAAUAUCUGCGUCAACGGGGAUGUUGGGUACGGUUUGAGCAACAGACCUCCCUUGGGCGAAAUUUUGCUGAACAUCCUGCUGAAGGUGAAGGAUUCAAAGGAACCGGAAAUGGAAGAAUUGAUGUUCGCAACCUUGGGAGCGUUGCAUAAUCUGUCCUACUACUACGAACCGUCGGACAAUGUGCUACAUUUCAACCAUCCCGGAAGCAUGGCCGAGCGUUUGAAGGACAUUUGCGGUGUGCUUUGCAACAUUCUCAACACCGAGUCCAAUCCGGCUCGGUCGGAAGUGGCACGUGUACUCGGAAACAUGACCCGCAAUUCUGUGGCCCGGCAAACUUUCUGCGCCGAGAAUGGUUUGAAAAUACUGAUUCGAUGUUUGGAAUCGAACGAUGUCGAGCUGAUGGUAACGUCCUGCGGAGUGCUGGUGAAUGUACUGGGCGAUUGGGAGCGCCGGGCGCCGUUCCGGGAAGUCAAAGGGCCAAUCAUAUUGCGAAAGCUGCUGCAGCAAGGAGCAGCCAAUCAAAAUUGGAUACUGGCCGGAAUUGCUUGUCAAGCUUUAUGGAACUAUCUCAUCGAUAGUGGCAACGUUAUUAACGCGUUGGGUGAAGCCGAAGUGGACUACAUUUGUGGAGAUUUAGCCGAAUGUUUGGAUGAAGAGAAGCUUUUCAACGGCGAGGAACCGGAUAUGUUUUGGGAAGAAUUUGCUCCGGUGGCCACCGAUUUAUUGGAACGGCUACAGUCGUGCAUGUCGCUGGGUAACUCUCCAUGCGUGUCUUCGGAUGAGGAUGAUGAGAUGAUUAUAGGCCAGGCUGGAAAUUCCUGGGGCGAACAUUAUAGCCGAUGGCUGAAACAGUAAAUGUUGUUGAAUGUUGUUUACAGUAUUUCGAACGAGGAUUCACUGUUAUUCAUAGUGUUUCUUGUUCAAAAAUUCUAUCUCUCUUGCAUUUCUUAUAAAAGUUUAGCUG